AAAAAAUGGUUCAUCAAAACAGUUUAAUGUACAAUGUGUACGCCAUUCCUUUCUUCCCAAUGAAAAUAUAUUUGUUCGUCAAGAAGAGUAUCAAACUUUUCUUAGUAUUGGACUUCCCACAACCACCAAAAGGCCACAAGCACGAAAGAAUCCACAGACACAUGCUCUGGCCAAACAAGAUCGACCCAAUGCCUGAAGCUGUUAGAGAAAUGAUGGAAGCUAAGCAGAAUUCUGAUAUUGAAUAAGUGGUGUAUCAUCCUAAAGUAGUUAUAAAGCUAAGUGUCUCUGCUUUUCAUUUACUCUUCCUGAAUUAUUAUUGUAAGCCAAGAUUUCUAAACCUUC